AUGACUCGGAUUGGGAUCUCAAACUCCAAAUUUCGAGAUGAUACGGAUGAGACCUUCUACUUACAUCACAUCGAUAAGCAAUCCGGCUCGCUUCGCGUGCAAGUCCUCGGCUACGGACUGUCUAAGACUUUUCAGCAUCACUAUUCACAAGCAAAUGACUCGAACAAGACAAUUUUGGACAAGAAGACCAGCGGUUUUCUGACCGCAGUCACAAACUCGCAAAAGAUUGUUCUCGCUUGGGCCGAGAGCGGACAUGGCAUAGGCCGCCAUGGCGACUCUCUCCAGGCUGGCAAUCACGUACUCAGUAACAAGACAUGGGCCUUUCGAGCAAUUGAGAUGGCGACUGUGCUUGACAUUGAUCUGUUCUCGCCUUUCGACAAACCGACUCUGCCGCGGGGCAGUUUUCAAGCGUCCCACGUCGAGGUCAAACUCGCGACCCACGCCGUUCUGGUCCUUCUUCAGAUGACGGGACAUUAUGAUGUAUCAAACAAGAGUAUGCUCUCGCGGGAGAGUCUAGCCGCGCUGAGACAUAUCAAAUGGAAGAGCGCAGACGGCGCGGACUCGGUCCGCUUUGAAGUGCACGUGUCGAGAAAAAACUGCAACCGCUGCGGAGCUUUCCUCGACAGGCUCCAAGAGCUGACGGGUGUCGGGUUCGACAUCAAGUGGGGGACGCGGGUUGUUCCUAUCCAGUAUCACCAGCAGCAGCUGCUCGACGCUGCGCAGCUCGGCCGCGGGGACGAGGCGACGGGCAGCCCGCAAGAUCCUACGACAACGCUGCAGACGGUCGAGAAGGACGGUGUUAUUCAUUACAUUCCGCCAGUGAAAAGGACCGAACGGGCGAGCGCGCCGGCUAGCCUAUCGCUGCAUCAUCUCUCCAAUGUUGACAAGCCUCUCCCCGCGACACCGGUGACAGAGGCGCCGUGCUUGUCGAGUACACCGGGCUCGGGGGAGGACGAGGAGCAGACCGGAGAUGUCCUUCCGUUUCCAAUGCGGUCACCCAGGCCGUAUAGCAUGCAUGUAUGCUGA